UUGCAUUAGUAGAAUUUCAACCGCGAGUGUCGAACGUUUUUCCGGAGGAAAAUAAGAACAAAUUACCACAAUGAAUAAAUUGCUGAUUUUGGCCCUUUGUCUGGGUGUGGUCUGUGGAGAUUUCGAGGGCAGAACCAAACGCGAUGAUUUUCAGUCUCGCCACAACAGUGCGCACCAGCAGGCGGUGGAGCUGGCACGCAGAAACUCUGGCUACAAUGGUGGCUACAGUGGCGGCUACGGUGGUGGCUACGGAGGUGGCUACGGAGGAGCCUCUGGCCAGGCUGAUGGCUCCGCCAGCUUGGGAAAACUGGACUCCUACGACUCUGUGGGUGCGACCGAAUCAGCGGAAGGUGCACUCGCUGGAGGAUCAGGAGGAUCAGCCGUCGAGACUUUGGGUGGAGCUGGUGUAGGACUUGGUGGUGGUGCUGGUGUGGGACUUGGUGGUGGAGCUAGUGGUUCCUUCGGCGGAAGCAGUGGCUCCUCUUUUGGAUCUGGUUUCGGUACCCAGAAUGCUGGAUCUUUUGGAACCCAGAAUGCAGGAUCUUUCGGAACCCAAAAUGCUGGAUCUUUCGGAAGCCAGAGUGCUGGCUCCUUCGGCGCUCAGAAUGCUGCCUCUUUCGGCUCCCAGAACGCCGCCUCUUUCGGCUCAACCUUCUCCACCAACGCCGCCUUCCAGAGCAGCUCCGCCUCCAACCUCGCCCACCAAACGGGCAGCAAUGUUGAGUUCGCCGAGAACGCCAAUGCCGGCAACCUGGUCAACUUCGGUGGCUCCAGUGGCCAGCUGGGCGGAGGCCAGGCUGCUUCCGAUUUCUACAGCCACGAGAAGACUGUGGUUGCCCCACAGCAGACGUACACUUACUCAGUUCCCGGCUCCUCCCAGCGGAUUAUUCGUACCGAGGAGCAUGUGGUGGAGCAACCUCGCCAGGUGGUGGUCCAGACUCCAGUUCAGACAGCGCACUACUACCAACGAAAGGUCACCUCCACUGCCUCCGCACCGCAGGUGGUGCAGCCAUCCGCCGGUUUCACCUAUGGAUCGAAUGCCGCCUCCACUUUCGGAAACAAUGCCGCCUCCACUUUCGGUAGCAAUGCCGCCUACAAGUUCGGUAGCAAUUCCGCCAGCACCUUCGGCAGCAACUCCGCUUUCAACAGCCAGUUCGGACAGAACUCGGCCCUCACCUCGGGAGUGAACUUCCAGAGCGGCCAACUGAACCAGCUGCUCAACCAGGCCCAACAGGGUGCCCGCCAGCAGGCCUCCUCUUAUGGUGGAUCCUCGGCCAACCAGGUUCAGGCCGGCAGUGGCUUCAAUGCAGGCUCUCAAGCCGGCUACAACAACGCCUUCCAAUCCGGCUUUGGCUUCAACUCCGCCAGCUCCUUGAACUCCGCCAGCUCCUUGAACUCCGCUAGCACCUUAAACUCCGCUAGCACCUUAAACGCCGGAAACAGUGGAUCUCUGCUGAGUGGAUCCCUGCUGGGCGGCAGCCAAGGAUCUCUGCUCUCGGGACAGGUGGGUGGACAGCAGGGCCUGCUCAGUGGAAACCUGUUGGGAGGCCAGCAGAACUUUGGACUUGGACUCAACGCGGGUCAGCAGCUGGCCGGAUCGGGCAACUUUGGCGCCGGAUUCGGAGCCGGAGCGGGCAAUUCCGGCAGUGGCUACCAGACCAAGCAGUGGGAGAAGCAGGCCAAGUGGUCUUCCCAGUCUGAGUUCGAUUCCAACGGCAAAGUGAACAACUACAAGGAUCUGGCCACCGGCGAGAGGGAAGAAGUUGACAUCAACGGCAAGAAGACCGGCUACCAUGCGGCCACAGCCUCCGUCGACGACAACGGCAAGUUCGGCACCCACAGUGUUCACUCGUAAACGACGACCAGGGUAUGCACCCAACACUAGAAACCUUUCGUGUUCUUAGGGAGUGGACUAAUCAACUCCAAAUGUUUUUUGUAAAAUAAAGUUAAAUGAAUUGUUUAAAUGUCA